CUUGUGUUCUAAGAGGAGGAAGAAAGAUCAGAAGGUUUGGAGUUUGUAGUUGGGAGAAGAAUUAAGUCAGUGAAAUGGGCGAAGGAGACAAGAACAAAGAGUGGGAGUUUCACCUGAGAUCCUUAUCUUCCGGCGCUCGGGACUCCAAUGCCGCCGUCGAUCUCUCUCUCCUCAAUUCCGUCAAGAGGCUGUGUGAACUGUGCAAAGAAGAAAAACCGGAAGAAUUGAUUGUUAGGGUUUAUCCUCAUCUGAACAGGAUCUUUCAACGAGCCGUGGCUUCAAUUUCCCAGUCCCAAACCUCCUGUGGCCUUCUUCUACUGGCAAUUAUCCAAUUUUUUAUCGACUUUGGAGAUGUGGUUCUGCAUGAUGCUGAUCCCAGUUUGAGGACAUUUUUUAGAUCAUGUCUAAGCCGUGAGUUUGCAGAUCCUGCUGUAGCUGAAGCAACCCUUGAGUUUUUGAAUGAGAACAAGAGAAAGCUGUUAAGUUCUUUCCCUGCCUUACUCCCUCAGUUUUUCCCAUUGCUGCUGAAGCUGCUAGCUUGGAAUGGAGAGAAGUUAGAAAAACUAUUUCUUAGAGUAUUUCCUGGGUUGAUUUCUUCAGGCUCAUUUCUCCCACUGUUUCCAUCACUUGUUGACUUGCCUAUAUUGGUUGUAGCAUUGGAAAAGGUAGAGAAGAGUUCAGGGUCACUAGUUGGAAGCAGCAUAGCUUCAAUUCAGCAGAGUACUGCCCCUGAGAUGUUGCUAGCACUCAUGGAUGAAGCAUAUACUGGAUCAACUAUAGGAGAUGCUGGUGCAGAUGUAGAAUCUGAGGACAGCAGUACAAUAGGUGUAUCCGAUCCACUUUUUCUUGAACUUCUCAAGGAUGAGAAUGAUGGUCUUGCUGAACGCCAUUGGACUUCUCCUGCCAUGGCUGCAACAUUACAGGCAGUAAUUAAUACUCCUCAGUCUGAUAGAUUGAAACAGGCUCUCAGAAUUACACCUAGGCUUCUCGAUGUCUAUUUUGCUAUAGCAAUCCAUGAUGUCAAUGAUUCGCUUUUAUGUGCUCUGAUUCCCCUCCUUAUGGUGAGAUAUUCCACUCUGUUUCCAGACAAGAUUUUCUCCCAUGAGGUGCAAAAAAGGCUUUUGGAGUUCAUGCUUGCUGCUUUUUACCGAUCCCCUAACUUUGUUGCACUUCUGAAGAAGCCUAUAACAGACAGACUAGGGGAAGCUUAUGCUAGUCAUGCAAAGACUGAGUUGGCGUUACAAUUAUGUUGGGCUAUUGGGGAGUAUGGAGGAGGUGGUGAAUCCCACAAAGAUGCUGCUCGUGAACUUUUUGAGAGCUUGGAAUUACUACUAUAUGAAAACCUUUCAUCAAGCCGGCUGGGUCUGCGAGAAUCAGCCAUUGGCUCGGGCAGUUCAUCAUUUAGAAAAUCAUCACAGUCAAGGCUUUUGUGCUUUGUUGUGACAGCAAUAGCAAAGCUUGCCACAUAUCAUCAUGAAUUACUGCCAAGAGCCCGUGUAUCCUUGGCAAAGGUUGCUCGGUCCCGAAUCUCAGAUGUGAGGGUCUGGAGGCGUGCUCGCGAUUAUCUAGGUUUAAUGAAUGAGCCAGCAAUAUGCUUGUCAGUGUUGGGCCCUUGUAAAACUUCAAGUACAGAUGUGCAGCGUCCAGGCACUGUAAAUUGGAGUGAAGGUGGUAAAAAAAUGGUCGCCCACGUUCCAUUUUACAUUUUAGGUGAAAAACAAGGUCCUCUUUCCCAUGAUUUUUCAUUCACAGAUAUUCUUCCUGGUAAAUAAUUAUAUUUGGAAGAGUUGAACUUUCAGAUCCUACAAGAUUGUUUUUGCACACUUAUGGGAUCAGUGAUUUGUAGCUUAUACACCAGGAAUAUGUAUAUCAAGUGUAUCAGUUAUCACACAAAAGAAUGAAUUUUUUAGUCGUAAAUACCAGUUUUUUCCCCGAAUUUUCAA